AUGUUCGCAAAUUAUACGUCCUGGUACCUUUUUCUUUGCUCAUUCGGUAGUCUCUUGCAAAUCACUACCGGGAAUCCUGUUGAUCCCCACUUGAUCGACCAAAACAAACACAACCAUGUACCGCUUACUAAAGUCCUGAAACAUAAAAAGCGCUCUUUGGACCAUAAUAUCCCAACCCAACGCGUCAUAGCAUGGGAAAGAAAUCUUGGUGAAACGGCGAAGGUAGCGGGCGAGUCUUCGAGUGCGAAGGAGGUGAAGAAUUCUGAGUACACUUUCAUUGAACAAACCAAAAGAGAAAAUCUGUCGGUCACCAAAUUUCCGGAUCCCGAAGGACGUCCAUUGAACGAUGCUAUUCCUAGUCAACAACUCAGACUAUCGCGAAGAAGUGUUGGCGAUACGGUGGAGGGAUCAGGCGAGUCUGGGAAUGAGGAGAACGGACAGCCUCUGGAGUACAUGUUCACUGACCAAAGCCAACGAGAAAGACUACCGGUCACCAAAUUUCUGGAUCAAGGAACGAGCUCUUUAAGUUCCAUUUCGCGGGAGAAGCUCAGAUUAUGGCAAAGAAGUUUCGGCGAUACCGCCAAAUUCGCUGGAGUAUCUGAGAAUGCGAAGGAUGCUGGUAAAAGACUUAGACAGCAUCGCAGAAUCACGAAGGCUCAGAAGCACUGGCGCGAAACACACAAACAUGGAUGUACUGCUACGGACGAAAGCUGCGUCGAGAUCACAAAUGAAGGCACUGUCACAUAUUCCAAAUAG